GAACACAUGUUUAACCUUAACCUAACAAAACACCAAAAGCACGUUUUCUAAACGGUUGUGUUAAAUUUUAAAAAUUCGUCCUCUAUCCUCAGUGAAGCGAAAUAACAUUCGCAGAGAGGUCAGGGUAGUAAUAUCUUCUCAGUUUCGUUUUUUACAAUACAAUUAAUACGUAAAAUGGCUGAAGAAAUAAACCCAAAAGCGUAUCCAUUAGCGGACGCUAUGCUAACUACAAAAAUCUUAAAUUUGGUUCAACAAGCCAUGAAUUACAAGCAACUAAGAAAAGGCGCCAAUGAGGUGACUAAAACUCUAAACAGGGGUAUUGCUGAAUUUAUAGUUAUGGCAGCAGACGCAGAACCACUGGAAAUUUUAUUGCACUUACCCUUACUUUGUGAAGAUAAAAAUGUACCUUACGUUUUUAUUCGUUCCAAACAAGCUCUGGGAAGGGCGUGUGGUGUCUCAAGGUCAGUUAUUGCUUGCAGUGUGACCAUUAAUGAGGGAUCACAAUUAAAACCUCAAAUCCAAACAAUUCAGCAAGAAAUUGAAAGACUUUUAGUAUAAGAUAGAUAUAAGUUCCAUUGUUUUUAUAAAAAGUUUAUUGAGUACAAUAUUCCC